CAUGCAUCAGGUCGAGAUGGGAUCUAAGAACCACGAGGUCGUGCCAUCGACUCUGAUCGCCCAGAUCGCCGGUGUACGACAUGGCGGCGUCAACAAAUGCCUGGGCGAAUUGGCAAAACGCAAUUUGGUCGCGAGAGUGCAAGGCGCUAAAUAUGAUGGCUAUCGGCUCACAUACGGUGGCUACGAUUUCCUCGCCAUGCGAUCAUUCGCCAAGCGCGAUACCGUUUAUUCCGUGGGCAACCAGAUUGGCGUUGGCAAAGAGUCAGACAUCUAUGUCGUAGCGGAUGAGGAGGGCGAGCAGCGGGUUUUGAAGAUACACAGGCUUGGACGGAUAUCAUUCAGAUCGAUAAAGACGAAGCGAGAUUACAUGCAGAACCGCAAGAGCGCCAGCUGGAUGUACAUGUCACGUCUUGCUGCCGUCAAGGAGUAUGCGUUCAUGAAGGUACUAUACGAAAAUGGCUUCCCAGUUCCGACGCCUAUCGAUCAAGCGCGGCAUUGCAUUAUCAUGGGAUUGAUCGACGCCUUUCCUUUACGACAGGUUAGCGAGAUAGCAAAUCCCGGCUCACUUUACUCUGCUUUGAUGGAUCUCAUCGUUCGACUGGCGCGCGCUGGCUUGAUACACGGCGAUUUCAACGAGUUCAACAUUCUCAUUCGAGAGCGCGAAGACGAUCAGGAGCCAGAGCCGAUCUUGAUUGACUUUCCUCAGAUGGUCUCCACGCAGCACGAGAACGCCGAGUACUACUUCAAUCGCGACGUCAGCUGCAUAAGAGCAUACUUCAAGAAGCGCUAUCGCUACGAAUCGACUGUGUGGCCUAAGUUCUCUACAGUCGUCAAGAAUGGCCAGCGCGACUUCAACCUCGACGUCGAGGUGGAAGCGAGUGGUUGGACUAAGCAGGACGACAAGCAGCUGAGCGAGUACCGGCAGCAGCUCGAUACUGAGCCCAGAGACAGCGACGAGGACGAGGAAGACGAAAGCGCAGGGGAGGAAGAUAGCGAGGAGGAAGGAAGCGAUGAAGACGAAAUUGGGAACCAUAGCGCUCCGAACGAUGUCGAUGCGCCAGAUGAGCCGGACAUGGCAAAACUCGAAUUGGCAGAAGACGCGGCCUCGUCUGGCAUAUCUGAUGAUGAUGAUGAUGACGACGCAGCGUCAUCUGUGCAGUCAGACAAUGGUGAGCGGCGGCGGUCGAGCAAUCAUCAGCGACCUAAACGCGCGGUACCGGACGUUGCCAAGGUCGUCGCCAGCUCAAUGACGAAGGAGGACAAGUCUCAAACUCGCAAACACCACAGCAAGACAGCUACGAAGCGAACACUCGGUCGUAAGAAGGGCAGCAAAGCAAAGGUCGAUACCAGGCGGACGGUCAGAGACGCCGCUACAUUCUGAAUCAAUCUGUUGUUGCCAUCUUGUCCUUGCAAUAUGUACCACCCGG